UCUCUCUUGUCUCUCCUCUCUCUCCUGUCUCUCCUCUCUCUCAUCUCUCCUCCCUCUCCUGUCUCUCCACUAGGCUGGGGCCAUGGCUAUGUGGAGACCAGAGAGUGUGUGUACUACAAUGAUAACUGGCGUACAGAGCGUACCAACCAGAGUGGUGUGGAGAGGUGUGAGGGAGAGAAGGAUAAGAGACUACAUUGCUACUCCUCCUGGCUCAACAUCUCAGGAACCAUCAAACUGGUGAAGAAAGGCUGCUGGCUGGAUGACUUCAACUGCUAUGACAGGCAGGAGUGUGUGUCCAGGGAAGUGAAUCCCCAGGUGUUCUUCUGCUGCUGUGAGGGGAACUACUGCAACGAGGGGUUCACACACCUUCCUGACCUCAUCGCCGCCGGCAACAGGGUGAAAAUCCGUCCCCCUCCCAGAGUGCCGUCUCUGUUGAAUAUCCUGGUGUACAGUCUGCUAGCUCUGUGUGUUCUGUCGCUGACCCUGCUACUGGCUCUGUGGAUGUACCGACACCGAAAAUCACCCUACGGACAUGUUGACAUCAGUGAGGACCCCGGGCAAACCCCUCCCUCUCCCAUGGUGGGGCUGAAGCCUCUGCAGUUACUGGAGGUGAAGGCUAGGGGGCGCUUCGGCUGUGUGUGGAAGGCCCAACUGAUGAGUGAAUAUGUGGCUGUGAAGAUCUUCCCUGUUCAGGUAAGAGAGUCUGGGGUUUAUGAGAUUUGACGAUACUGUAUUGCUGUGGAGGAAACCAUGUUCCAUCUGCAGAAGUACAGUUGCUAGUUACAGAGAUUUUGUAUAUAUUAUUGCCUGUUUUCUGUGUAGACCUACAAAACAUAAAAA